UUCGGGAAGCCCGGUCCUCUCCAGACUCGCCGCUGAGAAACAACCCACCGCAGCCAUGUCUGACGAGGAAACUGAACAGGUUGAGGAGCAGUAUGAAGAGGAAGAAGAGGCCCAGGAGGAAGAAGAAGUCCAAGAAGACGCUGAGGCGGAGCUGGGGGAGGACGAGGAAGAGGAGAAGCCAAGGCCCAAACUCACUGCUCCCAAGAUCCCAGAAGGGGAGAAAGUAGACUUCGAUGACAUCCAGAAGAAGCGUCAGAACAAGGACCUCAUGGAGCUGCAGGCCCUCAUCGACAACCACUUUGAGGCCCGGAAGAAGGAGGAGGAGGAGCUGAUCGCUCUCAAGGAGAGAAUCGAGAAGCGCAGAGCCGAGAGGGCAGACCAGCAGAGGAUCCGCGCGGAGAAGGAGCGGGAACGGCAGAACAGACUGGCGGAGGAGAAAGCCAGGCGGGAGGAGGAGGACGCCAAGAGGCGAGCGGAGGACGACAUGAAGAAGAAGAAGGCACUGUCCUCCAUGGGCGCCACCUACAGCAGCUACCUGGCCAAGGCCGACCAGAAGAGAGGCAAGAAGCAGACGGCGCGUGAGAUGAAGAAGAAGAUUCUGGCUGAGAGACGGAAGCCCCUCAACAUUGACCACCUCGGUGAUGACAAGCUGAGGGACAAAGCCAAGGAGCUCUGGGACACCCUGUACCAGCUUGAGACGGACAAGUACGAGUUUGGGGAGAAGCUGAAGCGUCAGAAAUAUGACAUCACCACGCUCAGGAGCCGCAUCGACCAGGCACAGAAGCACAGCAAGAAGGCUGGUGCCACGGCCAAGGGCAAGGUCGGUGGGCGCUGGAAGUAAAGACACAGAGCCAGCGUGGAUACACGAGUCAG